UUCCAUCAUAUACCUUAUAAUAUAAUAUAUUUCCAUUUCCAUACUUCAAAUCCUUCCGAGUCAAUCGCUUGAUCCCCGUCUACCUACUAGUCAUCAACACUAUGCGCCUCCCCGCCCUCACCACCACCGCCCUCCUCGCCCUCUCCCACCUCUCCCUCGCCGAAGCCUACUGGAAAGGCUUCAACGUCGGCGCCAACAACCCCGACGGCACCUGCAAAACCCGCGACGACUGGGCCCACGCCUUCACCCAGCUCGCCAGCCUGCCCGGGCACUUCACCACCGUCCGCACCUUCGCGACCUCCGACUGCGACACGCUCGCGAACGCGGUGCCCGCCGCCCUCGACACGGGGACGCAGCUGCUCGUCGGUGUGUGGACGCAGGACGACGCGCAUUUCGAGCGGGAGAAGGUGGCGUUGGAGGCGGCGAUCAGGGAGUUUGGAGAUGAGUGGAUCGUGGCGAUUAUGGUGGGGAAUGAGGAUCUGUAUCGCGGGGAGGUAACAGCGGAGGUACUGGCGGGGAAGAUUUAUGAUGUGAGGGGAAUGGUGAGGGCGUUGGGGGUGGAGAAGGAAGUGGGGCAUGCGGAUACAUGGACGGCGUGGGUGGACGGCGCGAAUGAGGCAGUUAUUCAAGCUUCGGACUUCGUGGCCCAUCAAGGCUAUCCAUACUGGCAGGGCGCGGAUAUCGCGAACAGCGCGAGCGUCUACUGGGCCAGCGUGCAAGCGACUCGCGACGUCGUCAACGCCGUGAAGCCCGGCACAUGGGUCUGGAUGACCGAGACCGGAUGGCCGGUUACCGGCGAUGACUUCGGAGCGGCGCAAGCGAGUGUGUGGAAUGCGCAGGAGUACUGGAAGCAGGUAGCAUGCGAGGCGUUCAACGAGGGCCACACGUUCUGGUAUGCGUAUCAGGACUACACGUCGACGCCCAGCUUCGGUGUGAUCGGACAAGAUGGAAACCCGCUAUAUGAUCUCACGUGCUAGAUGGGUAGAUAGAUAUGACGACAUAGGGUGGACAAGAUAGAGUAAGAUAGGGAGAGGAUCUGGACUUGGGGGCCUGGAACUGAAAUCACUGAAAUAUAAUGUAAAAUCGAACAUCAUAUGACCCCCUCUUGCCUGUCCAAGCUCCGGAAGUCCGGAUUGAUGAACAUACCCCAAGCCGAACGGAUCAGACACUAAAAUCUUGAUUCCUGACCCAUUUGUACUAAGAAGGCCGCGCGGAUAGACGAUCAGCCGUGCGGCUCAAUGACUACUGUAGAUAAAUCAUCA